AACGAACACGAAGUUCGUUCGGCUGUCAAACAAAUUAAUGUACUGAACGAACAUUUUAUUUUCGUUCAUUUUAUUAUUAAUUAUUGACAUAAUAAAUAUAUUGUAUAUACAUUUGAGUACAAAUAUAAUAAUACAUAUUAUAAAGCGGUAUAUGUGAUUGAUUGAUAAAUAGAAAGAACAUACUCGGUGCACAAAUAUCUCAAAAUGUCGGAAGCUGCUAAUGAGCCAAUAAUUAAAAUUGAACCACAAGAAUAUCCAAUUAAACAGGAGAUUGAGGAAGACAUUAAACAGGAAAUUGAGGAAGACCCUGAAUCGUGUUCAGAGGAUGACAAAACAUGUCUAAAGAGAUUUAUGAACUCUAUAGUAAAAAUAGAAGAAGAUGUCAAACAGGAAUUAAUUCAAACUCCUUUUUAUAAAUGUGACAGGUGUAAUGAAACAUUUAGAAAGUUGCAUUAUUUAGAACAGCAUAUGGUAAAUUAUUGUCGUAAGUGUACAUAUUGUUCAAAGUCUUUUCCAGAUGCAAGUGCAUUAGAAAUACAUAUGAAAUCUCAUACAGGUGAAAAAUAUUUCACAUGUACAAAGUGCAGUGAAGCAUUUACUGAAAAAUAUCAUUUAGAUCAACACAUUUGUGCUCCUGCAAGAGAACAAAAUUCACAUUUGAAUGAAUCUGGUAAUCAAAAACGAAAUAUUCACGCUCAUACUGCAAAGGGACCAGGUGAACGUCCCCAUAUUUGCCAAAUUUGUGAUAAGACUUUCACACAAUUGAAUAAAUUGAAUCGACAUAUGCUAAUUCACACUGGUGAACGUCCCCAUAUUUGCAAAAUUUGUGAUAAGACAUUCACACAAUUGUGUAACUUGAAUCGACAUAUGCUAAUUCACACCGGUGAACGUCCCCAUAUUUGCCAAAUAUGUGAUAAGGCAUUCACAGAAAUAGGUACCUUGAAAAAACAUAUGCUAAUUCACACUGGUGAACGCCACCAUAUUUGCAAAAUAUGUAAAAAGGCAUUCAAACAUUCGAAUUCCUUGAAUGAACAUAUACUUGUUCACACUAAAGAGCGCCCCCAUAUUUGCCAAAUCUGUGAUAAGUCAUUCACACGAUUGCGUACCUUGAAUAGCCAUAUGUUCAUUCAUACUGGUGAACGGCCACAUAUUUGCCAACUAUGUGAUAUGGCAUUCUCACGAUUGAGUGCCUUGAAAUUGCAUAUGAUGAUUCACACUGGGGUACAUCCUCAUAAAUGUAAAGUCUGUGAUAAGACAUUUACACGAUCACGUAACUUGAAUAGACAUAGGCUCAUUCACACUGGAGAAUGCCCCUACAAAUGCAAAAUCUGCGAUAAGGUAUUCAAACAAUCAAACACCUUGAAAAUGCACAUGGUUGCUCAUACCAAUGAGUAAUUAGUAUUUACAAAAUUAGUCAAAAGGUUACUUAU